AUCUUGUUGAGAACUCACCGGUAAUGGCCACCAACGAACUGAUGGAAAAGGCGGCGGAGCUUAUGGUCACGUUGCAACGGAACGUUUUAAGCGUAGCACGGCGGCUAAGAUCAGCGACGGCUCGCAGCAAGCUGGACUCACGGUUCUCAUCCGGACGCCACCUUAUUCCAUUUGUGGCUAAUGGGAUGAGAAGAUUAAGCACCGGCUGCAGUUCGAGGAAUGGCUUCUCGAGGCAUUCAAUGAGGAGGAUAGCUGAGGAUGAGGAAGAAGAAGAACAAGAAAAAGAGGAAGUUUGGAAGAGGACCAUACUGAUGGGAGAGAAAUGUCAACCCCUUGAGUUCUCCGGGGCUAUUUACUACGACAGCAAAGGGGCGAGGGUGGCGGCGCCUCCGAGGUCACCGCUUCAAAGUCUGCUUUUGUCCGCAGAAGAAAAGGAGUUGGAGAACAACCAAAUUUCGCCUGCUAUAUUUAAAUAAUAGUGUGUUGUUCUGUAGUUUGAGAAGAUAUGUGUGUGUAUUUAUAUAAAUAAUUAUGUUAACAGUA